AUGCCGGGCAUCAACCACGCUUGCCAACUUGAGCCUUUGUCAAACGAGGAUAGUUGGAGACUUUUUCAUUAUGAGGAGCUCGAAGGCAGAGGAGAUUGUGUGCAAACUAUGUUGGAAAGAAUUGGAAGAGAGAUACUGAAGAAGUGCGAGGGAUUGCCUCAUGCUGUGAAGGUUGUAGGUGGUGUGCUUCGAGGCUUGGAAACAAAGGAGCAAUCUUGCUUUGCAUUUUCUUCUCUAUAUCCUAGACAGAGACUGAUUUCUAAGAAUGAAUUGAAAAUUUCAUGGGUUCGAAACUGUUUUCUCAAGAAUGAUAGGAUGAACAUGAUGCUUCAAUUAGCUGACGGCUAUUUCAGGGAAUUGUCGUCGAGAACGUACUUGCAAGCUGCGGUUGAUAAGAACAAUGCAUAUUAUGUUCCUAAAAUGGCACAUGAUCUUUUUCGUUUUUUUGCUGGGGAAGAGUAUCUGACAGUAGAAAUGCCAAACGGCAUUUCACUGAAAACACGUCAUUUAUUUCUGGACUAUAAAGUGAAUCGUGUACUCUUUGGUGCUGCAUCCCCCUUUCAAGAAAACAGUCAUAUUGGCCAAUUGCGCACUCUGAGAUUACUAGAUAAAAUGCCUUUCUCCGGAGGACUUUCUAAUCUCGUCAGAAGUUUGGCCAGUUUGACGCUCUUCGAUUUGGGAAAGGUAGGCAUUCGUGCAUUGCCAAAGGCAGUGAAGAACAUGAAGCAUCUAAGGCACCUGAUCCUCUCACACAAUCCAAUUACAGAACUACUAACAUCUGUUGCUUCAUUGUGCAGCUUAGAGAUUUUAGAUCUCAUUGGCUGCUCUAGCCUCAAAGAGCUACCACAGAAAAUCAACCAGAUGAGCAGCUUGAGAUAUCUUGAGCUUGGAGGCACCCAUAAAAUAAGAUCCUUGCCAGAAGGUAUCGGAGGCACCCAUUACACAGGAAAAGAUGUUGAUCCCUUUGAUCAAGCUUAUAAAAGUUUUGAUUUUACAGAAAGGAUAGAGGCUGCCUUUGAAAAUCUCCAACCUUGCAAAACCCUUGCAAAGCUUGCAGUAGAGCAUUAUGAUGGCAAGAAAUUUCCAAGUUGGAUGACAUAUCCAUGGUUGUCCAACCUAGUGGAGCUCCUCUACAUGGAAGGAAUCGAUAAGGUGAAAUGCAUAGGUAAGGAGUUCUAUGGCAGUGUUAAACUGGAAAAUGCAUUCCCCAAGUUGGAGACUCUCAAUGUGCAUGAGUUUCUUAAUUUGGAAGAGUGGCUGGAAGUGGAUGGAGUGAUGCGGUUUCUUGGGAGCGUAAAUGUGUCUAACAUCCCGAGACUAAAGAGGCUUUCAUGGCUGCCAUGCCAGUCUUCAUCUCAUCUAGUGAACAUAGAAUUUAUGGAGGCGCUGCCUGCAUUUGUCAAGUUGCCGUUUCUUGAAUUUCUAAGCAUAAGUCAUUGGAAUCAAAUGCAUAAGCAAGGAAUUUUGUGGAAAUUGUGGAAAUCCUCAGGUUGUUCCAUUUCCCAAGUUGAGAGUUGUUCUUCACUUGCCUUGUUUGGAGGAAUGGGUAAAAGUUGA